GGGCUGACCAUAGACAAAGGAGCCGGGCUCUCAUUGGCUCGGGCCGUGUGCGCUCUGUUGGCCCCCAGCGCGAGCUGCUCAGCCUUUAUUCACAUGGUAAUACCCCCCUAUAAAUACCAACAACCGCCUCAGCGCCAGCAGCGCGGCUCCCUUGCAGUUGGAAGAUUAUUGCUUCUUUCCUGCGGACUGGAACCGGUUCCGUUUGCCAGCUGCCCCCUCCCUAGAAGGCUCAGGACGCGGCAACAUGGCCCCCUCUACUCGGCCCAGCAACGCCGAACUCUGCUUGGAGGAAGACGAGCCCCAUUGCGGGGUCCAGGGAGCGGACAGGAAGACCAGGAAACCUCUGGUGGAGAAGAAGAGGAGAGCUCGCAUCAACGAGAGUCUGCAGGAGCUGCGCGCUCUGCUGGCGGACACAGACCUUCACUCGAAGAUGGAGAAUGCGGAGGUUCUGGAGAUGACCGUGAAGAAGGUGGAUGAGAUCCUACAGAACAGGACCCAAGAGACUGAAAUCCUGAACCGAGAGGCCAGCGAGAGGUUCGCAGCCGGCUACAUCCAGUGCAUGCACGAGGUCCAUAUGUUCGUGUCCAGCUGUCCGGGCAUCGAUGCGGCGGUGGCGGCCGACCUCCUCAACCACCUGCUGGAGAGCAUGCCCCUGAAUGAGGACCACCUCCAGGACGUGCUGAUGGACCUCAUCACGGACUCUUCCGUAAGCAGCAGCACCGCCCCGGCCUCUCAGGCAGGGGGGAGCCCGUCUGGAGGGGAGACCUCCGCCCUGUCCCCGGCCCUCUCCACCAUGUCCAGCGAGGACUUGUGCUCAGACCUGGAGGAGACCGACAGCGAGCACAACCAGAGCUCCACGGAGGGAGCAGAGAACCGGGAGGCUCUGAGCGUGCCCACCCUCACCUUCCCUCGGUUCAUGUGGAGACCCUGGUAGGUCUGAGAUGCAGCCAGGAGCCGCUGGAACUGGA